UCUUGAAAAGGGUUAUUACAUUUUAGGAAAAUGUAAUAACUUAGGCUGUAUUCUGUGUGGGUGUAGAAUGAUGUAAAACUUACUUGCAACGCAAACAAUAAAUAUUAUUAAUAAUGGUGACAACAAAACCAUUUAUAGAGCACUGGAAACUGAAUUUACAAAAGUGCUUAAGUAAAGAAUGAAAAUAAAUGAAGGAAUACAUUGUAAAAGUGAUCACAUAUAGUAUAGCUAAUAUAAAUACAAUUUAUUUUGUGAUUUAAAACAUUUAAAAGGAUCUGAGACACUGUCUCUUUAAAUCACCCCUGUUACACAAUAAAAGCUGCUUGCAGAUAAUAGCAAUAAUAAUCGUAGUAAUAAAUAAAUCAGUAUGAGCUGUAAUGAAACUAAAAUCUGACAUUGCUUAAACAGUAAAGGUUUAGUGUUGUAUGUGGCCUGCAUCUCAGACCUGGUCAGAGCUGUCACACAUCCAUACAACUUUCUGCCGAGUCAUCGGACACACUGCCUCCUCCACCCAGAGACGUAGUGCAGCCAGCUCCGUGUCUGCUCAUCUUCACCGUCAGCCUCUACAGAACUGAGAUGUCAGACGCAGGGACAGAUGAACUGUGGCCGUCAGGUGAAUGCCAGGAGACUGAAAUGAUCCAUGUUUCUGUCAAAAGUCUAAUGGAGAGCAACGACUUCACUGUCCGCUGUGACUGUACUGUCAGACAGCUGAAGUGGGACCUAUCGGAUCGUCUCGGGAGCCCAGCAGAGCAGCUGGUGCUGAUCCACUCUGGUCGAGUCCUCAGAGAGUCGGAGAUCCUGAGUCACCUUAAAAGACAGAGUGAGUCAGUCAGGCUCUGCAUGAUCCAAAGGCCUCAGGGUUCGUCCAGUGUGCCCUCUGGUGAUGUAACCUCAGAGACGGUCCAGUCAGAGGUCACCGAUGUUCUUGACCCUGAAACCCUGACACCAUCUCCCACCUCUCCCUUCUGUCUGGUGGAAGGUUUGGGCAGUCUUGGCCUUGCAAACAGUGGACCCUGCCUCUUCACUGCACUCCAGUGCCAGAUGGAGGAGCAGCUUUUGGAUGACCCAGAGAUGAUGUGCCGUGUUGUGGGCAGCCCACUAGUGCAGAGCACACUCUCCACCUCCGGUGCCCAAAUAACCAGGCAGCUCAUUUUGUCUAAUCCCCAAGUCCAGCAGCUCCUCCAGACAAAUCCAGAGGUGGGAGACAUGCUUAGCGACACGGACAUCAUCGAACAGGUUCAGGAGCUCCUCAGGAACCCUGACAUGAUAGAGGAAGUGAUGCGUAAUGAAGAGAGGACACUGGCGAGUUGCAAGUUGCAGCCGCAGCAGGACGGUCGUGAAACCGUCUCUGGUGACUCUGGUGAUCUUCAGGAAACUGAAGCGAAAGUACAGACAGGAUUACCCCAGGUGGCCACUCUCUCAUCUGGCAAUCAGCAAACACUCAAAGCAGAGCCAGAGAGGGACCAGACACCGGCCCCCGAGUCCAGUCACUGCACAGACCCUCUCAGAAAACUGACACCUGAUCCAAACCCACAGAGCAAUAUCUCUACGGGCAAGGCUAAUAUGCAGAUCACAAGGUUUUCAUCAGCUAAACAUUUCUCCUCGGUUUUAAUCACUCUGUAUCUAUGGCCUUGUUCCUCCGCUGCCUCAGGAAUGCAGUCCCUGCUGGAGGAGAUCACAGCCAGUCCAGGUCUGAUGGAAAGCCUCCUCUCUGGGCCGCAUGUAAGCAGUCUUCUGAACUGCCUCAGCCAGAAUCCUGAUCUGGCUUCACAGAUGCUGCUGAGCCACCCUUUGUUCUCAGGGAAUCCUCAGUUACAGCAGCAGAUGAGACAGCAGCUCCCUUUCUUCCUCCAACAAAUGCAGAGUCCAGAGCUACUGUCAGCCAUGUUGAACCCGAGAGCCAUGGAGGCUCUGCUACAGAUCCAGCAGGGACUGCAGACACUAGCUGCAGAGGCUCCCGCCUUCAUACCUGCGGCUGGACUCGGAAACACUGGUGCCAAAGUCGGCGUUGCUCCUGAUCUCACAUCUAACUCUGUCCUCAACGGCCAAUCAGGAAAUUGUUCUCAGGUUGCCACGGAGACAGAGCAGCAGCAGCAGCAAUUUGUACAUCAGAUGCUACAGGCCCUGACCAACACCAGUAAUGGAGUCUGUCACGAGGAGGCGGAGUUCCAGGAGGAACUGGAGUACCUGAGCUCAAUGGGCUUCAGGGACAGACGGGCAAACCUGCAGGCUCUCAUCAGCACGAGAGGAGACCUCACCACUGCUAUACAACAGCUGUGCGGUCUCUGACACACAUGUGCACACGCAUACCCGCUGAUUCAUUUUAGAAGCAUUAACAUUAAGUGUGUUACAACACAACAGACACAUGUCGGCAAAUUUAUAUUGCUGUACUCCUUAACCUUCCAUACGACUGAACCAUCUGCGUGUAGUUUAUAGGAAGUGCUCUAUAGUCAGUCCUGGCAUAAAAGGCACCCUUACUUUAGUCUACACUUAUUGACCCUUACCUGAAUUGAAGGGCCAAGAGGAGUGGAUGCUUCAAUUAACAGAGUUGAAACAGAAGAUUACAUUAUCCAUUCCACUUAUUCAUAUCCACUUUUCACCUUGCCACCUGGACAGUAUCUACUAUAAUCUUUUAACACUCAGAGACACUGUUUAUUCUGACAAUAUCCACACUCCCAGUGCCUGGACAAGAGCAGGUGCGUGAGUUUACCUGGCCUCACCUGCUGCAUACACACAUGCAGACUUUGUCUCCAAAGAUGCACUUGGCUCCAAAACGUGUAAUUAAAAGAUGGACUUUGGACUAAAAUGUCAAUAUUAUCUCGACAUACUACUCAGACUUUCAAGGCUCAUCCACUCGACACUCACUCGCAGGAAAAAAUGAAUGAGUUCAGGACUAAAAACACAAUCUGUAAUUAUAAUAAGACAUUCAUUUAAAACCUCAUGUCUCUAUACAUUGUGGCCAGUAAUGCGUGAUAUUCAGUACAGGAUGUUGGAAUCAGUCUCACUGACUAGUAAACGUGAUGUAAUCAGUAAAAAGUGCUGAAUGUUGCUCUGUAAUUUUUUUUUUGAGUCCGUCAGCACUAUUGUGUUGUCUCGCAUUCAUGCAAAUGUGCACCUUUCUGUUGCAGCACAGUUCCUCUUAAGUUGUUACACUACAUUAAUUCCACAGUUCCGUUUAUGAUUCUCCGCGCACUAUUUGAUGAUCUGUGUUUUUGCGGGGGAGCCUGUUCAUCAUUUAGUCGUGAAAUUCCGGAGAUCCAUUUACAUGAGGAUGAAGGUAGCAAAUCAAUCAUUACUCAUUAUGCUGUGUCCAGAGUCACUGCAGAAAUCAUAAAUGUUAUCCAGCAGUCUCAGCACAAACAACAAAAACUGGUUAUGUAUGAAUUUAUUUUGUACAUAUUAUCCUUCACUCCCUUAGAUGAAAACCUCACUACCCAUCAAAAUCAGAAUUUAAGGUAUUUUCACACGAUAUCCCCCCCAUGCUUCUUAAAUUGAAACCUUUACUACAAACACUAGGGGGCACUUCAUGUCUUCAGUAGUUUCAUCAUGCAGCAGCAACAUGCAGAGUCCAAUCCCAUCGAUGACCGUUUAAAUAGCAGUUUCUGUGGUCAUUUGUCAUUACUAACGCACAUUAUUGACCUCUAUAAAGACACAUGACAUAUAAAUUGAACCCCCCCCCACACACAUAUUAAGCAUAAUAGGAUAAAACGAUGAGCAUAAAGCAAUCAUUUAAUAUAUGAUCGUCGACAUUAUAUCUUUAAGUGAGUUGUAGCUCUUACUGUUAGUAAUGAGAUGUGUGGUUUCAUAAGGGUUUCUGUGCCCUUAGCCUCUUGGAUUAAGGACACGUACAAUGACAUCAGAUAAGUGUGCAUGUGAUCCACUUGACAACCUGUGAGCAUUUGUCUGUUGGUGCCAAACUGAAGGGCUUUAAUCUUCAGUAGUCUGUGUGUGUGUGUGUGUCAGUGGGUUCGUCUGGAUGUGUGAGAUAUGAGAGUAGCCAAGGGGGGGUUUUCUGGAUUAGAAGCUCCUAAAAUAUUCAUGUUGAGGUUUGCAGAUGAGUCACACUAACAAAAACAGGUCUGCAGUGCUGAAUGGAAGUGUGUGU